CAGGCCGGAGCGAUGCUUCGAAACGCACAUCCCGUCGAUCCCGUUCGCCAUGGGAGCAGGUAGCGGCGCGGCCACGGCAGGGAGCCGAGUGCGGAGCGGCCGGGCAGCAGGGCGCGGGUGCGGCCACGGCAGGGAGCCGAGCGCGGAGCGGCCGGGCAGCAGGGCGCGGCUGCGGGCGAGCGCGGCGAGGACAUGCGCGGUAAGGACGGGCGCGUGCGACCUCGCCGGCCACAACGUGAGCUACGCCACCCUGCACCAUGUACCAUGUACGCGUCCUCCGAGUCCUGAGUGCUAGCUUCGGGCUCAAGUUCUACAUCGGCGGGAUCCCCAUGGCGUGCACCAUGUACGUGUCCUCUGAGUACUCCUCUACAUCAUGUUAGUUCACCAUGUUCUAGUUCGAGCAUGUCCUCCAGGUGGUGCGCAUCGCCGGCCGGCUGGCCGGAGGCUGGAGCUUGUCUCGAGGGCUGCGAGCUUGCCGACCCCCGACGGGAUGGCGCCGGAGAUCAUGUUGUUCUGCAAGAAUAUGGCGCGGAGGCUGGAGAGCUCGAGCAGGUCGUCGGGGAUGCCCCCUGAUGAUGCGGUUGGAGCGGAGCGACAACACCUGGAGGUUGGGGAGGCGGCCGAUGGUCGCCGGCGGGAUGGCGCCGCCGAGGCCGACACCCGGGAGGCGCAGCUGGACGACGGUGGACUGGGCGGCAUCGCACAUGACCCCGACCCAGGCGCAGGCCAGCAUGGAGGUGUUCCAGCCGAGCCUCCGCUCGUGGGGCAUGUCCGUGAGGAACGCCAGCAGCGCGGACCGCUCGCUCGGAGGCGGCUCCGCGAAGGCGAGGCAUGCGAGCGACGCGACGGCCGCCAGCAGCACCGUGCAGGACACGACGGCGGCCAUUGAGACGGGCGCGGGCGCGUCUAUGAAGAAGGCAUUGGGAGGCAGAGCUGAAGGUGACUUGGCUUGUUGGGGGAAAAUUUGGGGGAGAAGGAAGUGGGACUGUGCGCGGCGAGGAGCAGCGAGGCACCGGCGAGCCGGGCGCGGCCACGGUGCUGCGCAUGGAGGAGUCCAGGUGCCGGGCGCGUCCAUGGUCACCGGGAGCUGGCCGUGGGCAUGAUGGGCAGAGGAAGCUCCGGCGCACUCAACGUGUUCGAUGAACUGAGAAGCCAAACCUGGUGACUGUUAAGUUUUGUUGUUAACUCCUAAUCACAUGCAUGUAUGCAACCAAAUGCCGGGUAAAAAUUGCAUCUCGAUGACAAGACUGCCAAUGCAGGCAACCAA